AUGGAAGCGCUGCUAGACUUUGCGGCUAACGUGACGCUGCUCCCGGUGGACGAGUUAACCACACCAAGUGUGAGUUGGAUCGAACGAAAGUGGAACGGAUUUUUGGAUGUAAUCGGUGAUGAUAUCGAUACGCUGUACUUUUGGUUCCUGACCGCUUACACCUACGGCUUCUUCUGGAUCGUCGGUGGCCUGUUCGUGCUGAUGGACGUCACCAAUCGGCCACGCUUUUUGCGCAAGUUUAAAAAUCAACCCGGCGCCAAUGAACCGCUCGAGUGGAACAAGCUAAAGAAUCUGGUGAAAACGGUCGCCUACAAUCAGCUGGUGUACGGGCUGCCGACCUCCUACCUGUCCUUUCAGGUGGGCAAACUGAUCGCGUACAGCAUACCGGACCCGCGCCUGCUACCAUCGCUGUACAUCAUCGUACGGGACGUUAUGGUGUGCAUACUAGCCUGGGAGAUUACGUUCUACUACAGCCACCGGUUGCUACACUCGAGCUUCUUCUACAAGCGCAUCCACAAGAAGCAUCACGAGUGGUCCGCACCGGUGGCCUGGGCCGCGAUGUACGCGCAUCCGUUCGAGUUUAUCAUCAGUGAUCUGCUGCCGGUGUACGUCGGACCAGCCAUCAUGACCUGCCACGUGUUUACGAUCGUCAUCUGGUUCACGUUCGUCAUGAUGGACACGCUGGUGGACCAUUCCGGGUACCAUCUGCCGGUGCUCGGUAGUUCCGAAAUGCACGAUUACCAUCAUCUCAAGUUCAAUCAGUGUUAUGGAUUGUUUGGCUGGUGGGACGGCCUGCACGGUACCGAUACGGAGUUUCGCAAAAAGAAACAGUACCAGCGGCAUCAUCGCAUCUUUAGCUUCAAAUCGGCCCGUGAACUCGUACCGGAACACUAUCCUUGGGGUCAUUGUACUUAUAUCAAAUAUUGCUACGUAACGCUACAGUAUAAAGCGGAAAUAUCGACACUGAAUUUGACCGUUGAAUCACACUAUGAAGAUGUUUUUCAUCCUGAAUCAAAUGUGCCAUCCGGAUUUGUUGAGCGUAAAUGGAAUGCGUUACUGGAUGUUAUAGGCGAUAAUCCCGACAACCUGUACGUGUGGUACUCUAUGCUGUACACGUACGGUCUGUUCUGGCUGCUCGGUGGACUAUUUGUCCUGAUGGAUUUAACGAACCGGCCCCACUGCAUGCGCAAGUACAAAACGCAACCCGGAACCAACGAACCACUCAGCUGGGAACGCUGCAAACAGCUCGUCCGUACGGUUGCCUAUAAUCAGCUAGUUUAUGGAGUUCCGACGACUUACUGUACGUACCAUGCCCGCAAGCUAAUCAGUGACGUUGUGCCAAACGUGCGCGUACUACCCACGCUGGACGUUAUCCUGCGGGACAUGAUAGUGUGCAUCAUUGGCUGGGAAGUGGCAUUCUACUACACUCAUCGAUUGCUGCACACUAGUCUGUUUUACAGGCGUAUCCACAAGAAGCAUCACGAAUGGACCGCUCCGGUAGCCUGGUCUGCCAUGUACGCCCAUCCACUAGAGUUCGUCGUGAGUGAUCUGCUGCCAGUAUACAUUGGACCGGCCAUCAUGAAAUGCCACAUAUUCACGCUCACAAUCUGGCUAACGUUCGUAAUGUGGGACACGCUCGGUGAUCAUUCGGGCUACCAUUUACCGUUCCUUGGCAGCUCCGAAUCACACGAUUAUCAUCACGUCACUUUCAACCAAUGUUACGGAAACUAUGGAUGGUGCGAUCGACUUCAUGGAACCAACAGCGAAUUUCGAAAGAAGAAACAGUACCAGAGACAUUAUCGAAUGUUUAGCCUCAAAUCUGCCAGGGAGCUGGUACCGGCGAAAUAA